GUCACAGAUGCGCCGUCCCAGGAAGGUCAAGAGCAAGAACCCGAGUCCUCCAGCGCAGAAAGUGACAAUGUCUUCCUCAUCAGGGCACAAGGAUUCCCUUUCUCCUGCACUGAGGAAGACGUGCUUACCUUCUUUGAGGGCUGCAGGAUUCGAAACGGUGAAAACGGCAUACACUUCCUCUUAAACAGGGAUGGGAGGCGCAAGGGGGAUGCCCUGAUCGAGGUGGAGUCCAAAGCAGAUGUCCAGAAGGCCUUGGAAAAGAACCUGAGGUAUAUGGGUCCACGCUACGUGAAAGUUUUUGAAGUACACGACAGCGACGUCGAGGGCUUGCUACAAAGCCUGCGGGAUGAGACACAAGCCAUAAAUGAUGGAGUUGUACUACUCAGAGGCCUUCCCUUCAGCUCCACUGAGGACGAUAUCACCGAUUUUUUCUCAGGUUUGGAAAUAACUGACAUAGUUUUUGUUUACCGGGGAGAAAGAAGAACAGGAGAAGCUUUCGUGCAGUUUGCAGCUCCUGACAUGGCAGCUAAAGCCCUGUUACGACAUAGGGAAUAUAUGGGAAAUAGGUAG